AACAAACACUUUGCACAUUUUGAAAUGAAUGAAGUUGAACGUUCUAAAGUUUUUAUAGCAAACGUUGACAGAUAUGAUGAAUGCAACAUUGCAAAAUUUUUGUCUCAACUUGUUAUUGGAAGAGCCUCAAAAGCAGAGGAUGAAGAGGCUGUUGAAGAAGGCAAUGUGACUUCCAAGCAAGUAGGAAAUCCCCAAACGUAUUCACUUUACGGUACAGUGGAUGAUUCUUGCAAAGAUCCCCCUGGUUUCGUGAAUAUAAUCACAAUGAAUGACAAACGGCAAGACUAUGUUGAAAAAAUCAUGGAAUGUGAUUAUAUCAUUUACAAUAUCAAAGAUGAUCACACUGUUGUUGAUGAUGCUUUGUGGAUACUAGAUCAAAUUCACAGUAAUUUAGAAUCUUUUACAACACAAAAGAUAUUCAUUCUUAUUUCUUCUGUAUUAACAUGGUCCAAAAGUGCACUUCCAGAUCCAGAUGAUCCGGAAAUGCCUUUUACUGAUGAUGAUUAUUUAAGAAGGAAAACACAUCCAAACUUUAAAGAGCAUAUAUUAGCUGAGAAAUCAGUCGUACAACAAGGAAAAACAAAUAAACUAAAACUACUUACCUAUGUUAUCGCAUGUGGUCUAACGUAUGGAGAGAAAGAAAAUGUAUUUCAUCAUUUCUUCAAGGCGGCAUGGAAUAACGAAGAAUUUAUUCAAUUACCAGGAGAUGGUAAUAAUAUUGUACCUACGAUACACUUACGUGACCUAACCAGCAUAUUGCAGUUCGUUAUGGAAAUGAGACCAGCAAAACACUAUAUUCUGGCUAAAGAUGAUUCUCAAAAUACACUUCGUGAGAUAGUCAAAGCUAUUUCUACAAGUAUGACAACUGGUCAUAUUAAAUCUAUCUCUAAAGAAGAAGCCUUGUUUUGUCGAGAUAUAACACAAAAUGCAAUGGAUCAGUUAUUAGUGUCAAUUCGUAUGAAUGCUAGUUAUGUAAAAGAAAAUUUUCAAAUUAAAUGGCAUUGUGAAACAGGAUUAGUAGAUCAUAUUAAUUUGAUCACGAAAGAAUAUAAAUUAUCUCGUCAAUUAAUACCCAUUCGAUUGUGCAUCCUUGGUCCACCUGCAAGUGGUAAGACAACACUGGCUAAAAAGCUUUGUGAAUAUUAUAAAUUGCCGCAUAUACAUAUUAAACAAGUCAUUGAUGAAGCUAUAGCUAAUCUAAAAAAACGUGUUCAAAUGAUUGAAGAAGCUCAAAGUGAUCAAAACCAAAUGGUUAAUGAAAAUGAAUAUCCAGGCAGUGAGGAUUCUGAGUUCUUAGAAGCUAUUCAACAAAACAUGACUGAAAAUAACGGUCGACUUGGUUUAGAAUAUGUAACAACAUUAUUUCAAGAAAAACUCAACUCUAAGCCAUGUCAAAAUCAAGGAUACAUAAUUGAUGGAUAUCCGAAAUCAAAAACGCAGGCAGCCUCGUUGUUUUCUCCUAGUGGGGGUAGUGGGGAUGGUGAAGAAGACGAAGGAGAACAAGAAAAUGAAGAAGAGGAAGAAGAAGGAAUUAAAGCAAUAGAUACAAGCGAUUUUACACAAUCAGCUAAUGAAUUGUUUAAAAGUCAAUACUUACAAUCUGAAAAAGAAGCAGACGAUGUAACUAAGGAAUUAGGAUUAUUAUCAACUCAACCAAUACCAAUGCAAUUACCUAAAGGAUUACUUCCUGCAUAUGUAUUUGAACUUCAAGCAACUGAUAACUUUUUAAGAGAUCGUAUUAUGAAUAUGCCAGAAUAUAAAGUACAUGGGACCCAUUAUACUGAAUCGGGUUUUUGGCGACGUUUAAAUGAAUAUCGAACUAAUCAAAUAGGAAUAAAUCCAGCUUUAUCACCUACUUUAAAUAUUCCUGGAUCUCCAGGUUCUGAACCUGAAGUUGGACAAGUUGAUUUAAAUUCAUUAAGUCCAUUAGCUUCAGCAAGUAUUUACGAAAAUUCUGUAAGAGCUUAUUUUGAUUCUAAAGGAAUUCUUCAAAUCCCAGUCAAUAUAAUGACUGAUGAAAGUGAAGAGUUGGAACAAACAUUUAGAAAACUAGUUUAUUUUAUUGGUCCACCACGUAAUUAUGGUUUAUCUGAUGAAGAAAUUGAAAAGCAGCGAUUAAUUGUGGAAAAGCAACGUAUUGAAUUUGAAAGAGCGGAGGAGGAAAGGUUAAAACAAGAAAUUGAAACUGCAGAAGCUGAACGUAAUCAACGUAUAAAAGAAUGGAAAGAAAAACAGGAAGCUUUGGAAAAAGAAGAAAAAGACCUAUUAAACAAAGAAUCAGAACCAUUAAGGGCUUAUUUAAGAAAGCAUAUUAUGCCAGUAUUAGCAAAAGGAUUAACUGAAUGUGUUCGUAAACGUCCAGAUGAUCCGCUGGAUUUUCUAGCUGAAUAUUUGUUUUACAAUAAUCCUCAAGUUGAUUAAAGUUUUUCAAUAUUCAAUUAGACUGAAUAAAUAAACAAAAUUACAUCCCAUGGAAAUGAAUAAAUAAUAUCAAAAGAAAUUUAAAGACAAAUGACCAACAUUUACUUAAAAAGAAAAGAGAACUGAGAACUUAACCGUAUAAGUACCAAACUUAAAAUCUAAAUCAUUUUUAUACUUUAUGGUUAUGACUGUAAUGUUCUUUUGCCAGUAACUUUUACUAAUAAACUUCUCAAAGUCAUGAAAGAAA